AUGAUCAACCGCAUGUCUUCAAUGAUGCGAAUGAUAUUUAUCUGCUCUUUGAUGGGUGCGAUUAGCGUGCCUCUGGUAUCUGCAACUCCUGUUGAUUUGUCGGCGGAAUGGCAAGUGGAUCCAAAGUACAAUGCCAACGAAGCCUAUUGCGAGCUUCAAAAUAUGGUCGGGGUGAAUAGCAUCAUGGCCUAUGCCAUCAUCAAAGAUGGAAACAUCAUUGCGGAAGGCUAUGGCGAAGGACGCUCGGCUGCGGGAAUCUAUCAGCCAUGGUCUGUCACAAAAUCUAUUGCCAACAUCAUCAUUGGGCUCAUGAUCACGAAUGGGGAUGUGGCAGCGAACGAUACCUUGGCAACCAUCUUUCCAGAUCCCAACGAUUGGAUCAAUGUCUCUGAUGCACCAGCAAAGAUGACCCUGAAGCUUUCCGAGUUAAUGAGUUUCACUUCUGGGUUGACUCGGGGUGGGCUAAUCAUUGGUUACGCCACACUCCGAGAAGAGCUCGCUUCCCUAAUGUACGAGGAGGAGAACCGUGAGACGUGGAUCUAUCUGAGAGACGAUCACAUUUUCUCCUGGAUCAUUUACAAGGUCACCGGGAUGACUCCUCGUCAGUACGCUCUGUCACUUGAUUUUUUCACCAAACUCGGGAUCAACGAGACCGAGUACAACUGGGGCACAUUUGGUGUGGAGCCGCUCAAGCUCGAGACAACGGCUCAUUCCUUUCAGACCAAUGUCCGCCAGUUGGCCAAGUUUGGUCAACUCUACUUGCAAGGAGGUGUCGCUGCUCCAGGCGGCGAGCAGCUGAUUGCGCCGAGUUGGAUCACUGAAUCAACGACUUCUCAACCGGAAGAAGGAUACCCCCAAGGAUACUUAUGGUAUCCUACUUCACGCGGAUACGAGGCGAGGGGAAUUUUCGGUCAGUACAUUUCUGUGAUUCCGUCGAGAAACAUUGUCAUUGCGGCAUUACGACGGGACUGCAUUGGCAGUAGUAGAGGCUUUAUCGAUGCGGCUCAUUCUCGAUUGGACAAAUUGGACAACGGCGUGGAUGGUGCUUGCCCUGAAAGCCUUUGGGAUCGGGUGGUACCUGACUGGGCAAAAGUUGGCAUGUCGUUGGUUACAGAGUCCGUUUUUGGUGACGACCAAUCAAGUCUGGACUAUUACCCGAGCAAUCACCACUUGCGAUCCCCCUAA